AUGUUCAAGAAGUUGGAAAACAUUAGCUACAGCACACAAGCAUUGGUUAACCUACGAGGACAGAUUGCUCAUGUGAAGAGCAGGCGCUCCAGUUUUUUUGAACAACCGUCUACACAGGUCGUUGAUAAGAAAUUAUGGUUAACUAGGACGGGAAACAUAUUCCUAAGCUCAAUUUUCAAGCAGCUCGACCUUUGUUACCCUCCUUAUAUAACCCACUUAACUUUUAACGGCAUGUCUUCUCAAAAUGUAUAUACUGGUUCAGCUGAAAGAGAUGAAGGAGACCUAAUGGGAACCGAUGACGAAGACACUUUCAAGAUUCUAAUUGCUACAGAUAACCAUAUUGGCUUUAUGGAAGACGAUGCCAUUCGUGGUCAAGACAGCUUCCGCACAUUUGAAGAGAUUUUAUACAUUGCCAAGGUUGAACAAGUUGACUUCGUUCUCUUAGGCGGCGAUCUUUUUCACCAAAACAGUCCGUCUCGUGCUUGCCUAUAUCAAACCCUGAAAAUGCUGCGUCGCCACUGUUACGGCGAUCGCCCUUCAUCCAUUUGGAUCGCCAGUGAUCAAUCCGUCAAUUUUCCUGAAGAAUUCUGUACUGCCAAUUAUCUCGAUGAAAAUAUCAAUAUCAGCCUUCCCGUCUUUUCUAUUCAUGGUAAUCAUGACGAUCCUUCAGGCACAGGAAAUUUGUGUGCUCUUCACUUAUUGUCCGUAACAGGUAUGGUGAAUUAUUUUGGUGCAAGCCCAAAAGUCGAUAAUGUCGUAGUUCACCCCAUUCUUAUGCAAAAGGGUAGAAGUAAAUUAGCAUUGUAUGGGUUGGGCAAUAUUCGGGAUGAACGGUUGCAUCGACAUUGGCGCCAAGGACGUGUCAAGUUUAUGCGUCCGGAAGAUGAGGAUUGGCUAGGAGAUAAUUGCUUCAAUAUGUUUGUUUUGCAUCAAAACCGCGCAGCACAUGGACGUAAAAGUUAUAUACCCACUGAAUUUAUAGAUGGAUUUUUGGAUUUGAUAGUUUGGGGUCAUGAACAUGAUUGUAAAAUUGCGCCUGAACUGAUGGAACGAUUUGCCAUUUCACAACCAGGCUCGUCCAUAGCCACCAGUUUAGCAAAAGGCGAAGCCUUGGCAAAACACAUUGGCUUGUUGAGGGUGAAAGGUACCAGUUUUAGCCUGGAGAAAAUACGCUUAAAGACAGUUCGACCUUUUAUAUGCACCGAUCUCCAACUGAAAGCGAAUAAUAAGAAUUUAUCAGUGAAGGACGUGAAAGGGAUCCAGAAUUAUCUUGCAGAAAAAGUAGAGGAGCUUAUUAUUCAAGCUAGAAGUGAGUGGGAAGAGCAACAACGUUCCAGCCCUUACAAACUUCCUUUUUGGGAGUAUGAUGAUGAAGAUAACACAUCAGAACAACCAAACAUGCCUUUACCACUCAUCCGUAUCCGUGUUGAUUACAGUGGUGGUUAUGAAACCUUCAACCCUUCUCAGUUCGGUCAAAGAUUUAUCAACCGUGUUGCGAAUGCCAGAGAAAUUCUUAGGUUCCAUCGAUCUUCUCGAAAUAGCAAUGAUGAAAUGGAAGAGACAGCCCGUGAAAGUCUCCGUGCACAAACAGAAAUGCUCACUGAUUUGACCAUGGCCAUUCCGGAUCGAUUGGAUACAGUCAAAGUCGAAAGCCUCGUCGAAGAAUUGUUAUCGCGCGAUCUAUUCAUUUUACCCGAGACGAGGUUGGAAAAUGCACUUUUGGAUAUUGUGACGAAAGAUGACAAGACAGCUAUCAAAUCGUUUUUCAACAAGUCAAUUAAACAGGCAACUCAAAACGUACAAUUUGUGCCUGAUAUGGAUUUGACGUUGGAUUAUGUGAAGCGUAAAACAACGGUUCUUAAAGAAAGUAUAAAUCAAAGAUUGGAUAAUGAACGAGCAGCAGCAGCAGGAGGAGGCCAUAGUGAUAGAACCAGUACUACGCCCACCUUAUCAAGGGAAAUAGCAUUUGGUACACAGCCUGGUACAAGUGAUGCUAGUAGGACUAUUUUUAACAGCGACGAAGGGGAUAAUGCUAAUGAUACUAUACAACGAGAAACUCAACGUAGACAACUGAGAACUAGCUUAUUAUCUGAUGAUGAUACAGAGUUACAGCCACUUGCACUGAGUUCAUCAAACAGGAUAGAUGAAAAUGCUACAGGUACCGCAAUAAAGGGUAGCGGAGGCAAAAAAGGAACUGGUCGAGGUAGUAAAACCAGAAGUACGCGCGGUAAAACAGGCACUUCUACGUCAAGAAAACGCCGCCUUAUUUCUGAUGAUGAUGAUGCUGAUGAUGAUGACCAUGAAGAAGAAGAUCCUAUAGAAGACUUUACAGACGAUGAGAAUGAACCGAUUUCAGUAACACCUACAACGUCGCGUAGUAUUACAAAUAGGCGUAGAGUCACUCAAACAUCUUCAUAUAAUAUCUCAAGUGACGAUGAUGAGGGUGCUGAUGCCACUAAUAGCAAAAGCAUCCAAGAAGAGAUAUCGUCGAGUACCACACGAGGAAAUAGAGGUAACAAAGCCAAAGGAAAGACGGGAGUGAGAACAAAACGAGCUGCUCCUUCUAGCUCUCCAGUACCAGCAGCCUCGUCUUCACAAACAUUCACUACUAAUACUCAAGAUACACAAAGCAGUCAAAAAAAACGAAGAGUUCUACCUGGAGUUUCCCGGACAAAGAAGUAG